AUGGCAGACUUUAUAUCGUCAGAAGGGACAAGAGUCAAAAAGCUACAAUAUGCGGACGAUCUGAUUAUGUACACAGUUUCUCACUCAGUAGAGCAUUGCAGAGCAGAAAUGGCUAAUGCCAUAUCAAAAGAUUUGGAAUGGAUGCGGAAUAAUAGACUUGUUUUGAAACCGAGGAAGACCAAAAGCAUAAUUUUUACCAGGCAUAGAUUUCCCAAAAAUAUGCAUGUAAUAGUUAUUGAUACGAUAAGAAUCGAAAUAUUAGAAAACAUUAAAAUCCUGGGUGUGACUUUUGAUAAAAAAUUAAAUUUCAACAAGCACAUAAGCGAGAUAUUAUUCAAAUGCGAGAAAGGGAUUAAUUUACUCAAAAGAGUAUGUAACACCAGCUGGGGUACACACCCAAAUGCAUGUCUUUCUUUAUAUAAAGCUAUCAUUAGACCCCAUUUUGACUAUGGCUGUCAAAUUUACGGAGGAUUGUCCGCAGGCUUACAUAAAAAGUUGAGUAGAGCGCAAUUUGCAGCUAUAAGAACAUGUCUGGGAUCUUUAAAAUCAACCCCCACUAACUCUUUAUUAGCUGAAGCCGGGGAAGCUCCCUUAGAUAUAAGAAAACAAGUACUAACGAAUAGAUUCUUGAUCAAAAAAGUCAAUUUUGAUCAUUCAUGGAUUCAAGAUCAGCUAGAGGCACUGGCAGUUUGGCAUUUCAAUAAUAGGUACUGGUUUAAUAAACCGAUCCCUCCGCUAGUUGCUGGUUUUCAUUCAUUAAAGUCUUUAGAAGAUAACAUAAUAAUAAGCAACAGAUUGGCCUACUACACAGUGACUUGGAAAGCAACGAUUCCCAAAAAAUAUAUACACCUAUCAGACGAAUUAGUCAUUGGAAAGAAUAUGGAUAAGAAAAUAAUCAAUCUGGAAUUGCACGCCUUAUUGAACACUAGAUGGGAAAAGUAUAUACAAAUCUAUACGGACGGCUCAAAAACUGAUGACGGCGUUGGCUGUGCUGUAUACAUACCAAGCCAGGAUAUACAGCUUCAAAUUAAACUCCCAGAUUGGGCAUCAAUAUUUACUGCAGAAUUGACGGCUAUCAACAAUGCAUCAAUUAAGGAAGGCAUAAAUUAA